AUAAAAUAGGUCUGACAAGCACGCAGCACCCGCAUUCCAGCCCCGCCAAUCCCUCAAGUCGGGGCGGCGAGGCUGUAACAUUAAUUUUCCGUCCAUUAUAAUCCUUCUGCCCCGUGUAAGCCUCGCCUUAAUAACCGUCCAAGAUGUCUCUUUAUUUUGACUGCAUAGUGGACAGUCCACACACGAGUGCCAUCAACACCCAGAUAGCAUGGCACGCCCAGGCUGCUUGUCUUGCCGUGGCUGCUUACAGUGAAGAGAAGGGAGGAACAGUCAAUGUGUACACAGGAGAGGGUAAGUUGUGCGAGGAGGUUGACAUUCCACCACACCCCACGGCUCAAGUGACCUCCAUGGUGUGGCACCCCAGCAAGCGGGUCAUGGCAGUGGGCUGGGAGUCAGGGGAACUGUUUCUGUGGAAUGACCACGAGCAUGAGCUGCGUGAGAUCCAGAGUCUGCACCGCGCACCCAUAUCCAUACUGCAAUUCAGUGCUGCAGGAACAAGACUUGUGUCUGCUGAUGCUUCCGGGGCAACGGUAGGGUGGCGAGUAGACAACUCCGGAGAUCUCCAGACAGUCUUUACACAUGAGCUGAAGGAUCCUCUGGUGCAGGUUGUCUACAGGGUCAACACUGCUGCAGACAAAACACUUCCUGCUCUAGACAUAAAUGGGCUUGCGCGGGCAGCUGUGAGUGGUGACGAGAGAGCAUUAGACAUCUUCAGUUCGUGGCGACCCAGAACAGGCCACAAACACCUGGGCAUGAUGGGCACUGCAAAAGAUAACCUAAACUUUUUCCUGGGAUCGUCUACUGGUGUGCUGUACCAUGUCAACGAGAGUGGGAACUGUGUGGAGGUGCUUCAGGCUGACGGGGGCAUCAAGCGUCUGCUGCACCAUGAAUCCCGCAGCCUCCUGGUGGUGAUCACGGAGAGUCUGGUGCUGGGACAGUUCUCGGUGGCAGUGGAUGGCUCAGUGACGGAAAUCAACAGGGUGAAACUAAGUGGGAGAACCAACGACAUCCAAGUCACUUGGUCAGGCGCCGGCCUCCUGGCUGUGUCGACAGGAGAUAACUCCGUCCGUCUGUGGAACUUGGACUCUGGUGACAAUUAUGUGCUCAGUUUACGUGGACCUAGCUAUAGAGACCAAGAGUUUGUCAUGUGCCUCAGCUAUUCUGCAAACAAAAAUAUUCUCUGUGCUGGGACGAACUUAGGCAGCGUUGCCAUGUGGAAAUAUGAGGAGAGCAAGCUUGGAGAAGACGAAUACAUGAAGGACCCUGAAAAAGACUGGAAGUUACAAAAUCCAACAGUUAUCUCAGGAACAGUAAAACAGGUAGCCUGGGGCUCAGCACAAAAUUUGUUGGGUGUCAACACUGUUCGUGAUGUUUAUAUACUGAAUGAACAACACAUGGUUGCCAGCUAUAAAGACCAGGUGUCAGUGGUGCAGGUGUCCCCCACACAGCUGUCAGUGGACGUGUUUUCAGGGGGCAACCACCUGGAGCUGAAGGCAGAGAUACAGGUGCGAGGUGUUCACAACUCUGUCGAUCAUUUGCUGCUGUGGAACAUGAAGAAGAUGGUUGUUUACGAGAUAACAUCCGACGCCACCCACCUGAGAGUUGUUGGUUCCUUUCCAUGUGAGGCUGAGAGUGCUGUGCUUCAUGAGGGCAGUAUAUACUCCAUUGAAGGGAAUAAUGUCCAAGUGCGGUCACUUCAAGGCACUGUGAAGCAGACACUGAAUUUCUCAGAAAGUGAAGGCCAACCAAUUGGUCUUGAUGUAUGUGGAAAUUUUCUUGUGGCAUCAACAAUCAAUGGAACUGUCAAGCUGUGGGACUUAUCAAGAAGAGAGGCUAAGCCACACACACAAGGGAAACAGAUGGGUGACUACAUCAAAGAUUUUGGUGAAAUCAUAUCUGCUCGCUGCAACUGUAAUGGAACAAGAGUGUCCAUUGCUGUAGCUCAGACUUCCCUCCUUCCUGAUCCUAAGCUAUAUGUUUGGGACAUCGAGAGUGAAAGUUUUACAUACUUCAACUUUGCCUCUGGCCGAUCUGAGGAUGAUGACAUAGACGGCACGGCACCUCCCAACUCUGCCGAGAGUGUCAGGUCCAAGGACGAUGGGUUGAACAGUAGGGCAAAACGUGAGACAGCCCGUGAAGUAGGAGGUCGCUUUGUAAUGUCACACAUGUGGGAUGCAGAGGAUCCUCGGCUAUUGGUGUGUGAGGCCAAGUCUCUACAUGGCAGCAAAAAGCAGAAGGAUAGUUACUUGUCUUCAUCACCCAAGGAAGAUAAGCCAGCAGUGAUGUUGGUAACCCUGUUUGUGAGCCCAGACCACGGGAAUAUUGUGCAGGAUGCCUUCCCCCUGAGCCCAACUUACUCUCGCCUCCUUGGGGUCCAGGUUCCUUUCUUCUACCUCCUCAACACUCAUGAUGCAGAAAAUAAGGCAAAAAAGAAUGUGACCCAGAAAGUUAUGAGGGAGUUUACAGGACUGGAGAGCUGUGACAAGGCCACCAAAGAUGCCAUGCUCAACUUCUCAUUUUAUCUCUCCAUUGGAAAUAUGGAUGAUGCUUUUAAGGCAAUAAAAACUAUUAAAAGUGAAACUGUGUGGGAGAACAUGGCCAAGAUGUGCGUCAAAACAAAGAGGCUGGAUGUGGCAGCACUGUGUCUGGGCAACAUGGGGCAUGCACGGGGUGCCCGGGCACUGCGCUAUGCCAUGAAAGAGCCUGAGCUGGACGCCAGGGUGGCCAUGCUGGCACUACAAUUGGGCAUGCUGGACGAAGCAGAACGUUUGUAUCGAGGGUGUGGACGCAAUGACUUAGUAAAUCGCCUCCACCAAGAUGCUGGAGUGUGGUCGAAGGCCCUUGAAGUAGCAGAGAACCAUGACAGGAUUCACCUUCGGUCCACCCACUACAAUUACGCAAAGCACUUGGAGAGUAAAGGGGACUUCAGCGGGGCCAUUAGCCAUUACGAAAAAUCUGACACCCACAGAUUUGAAGUCCCUCGGAUGUUGUUUGACGAUCUACCUACACUGGAAGAUUAUAUUAUGCACACAAAAGACAAGGCUCUGAGGAGAUGGUGGGCACAGUACCUGGAGUCUACUAGUGAAAUGGAGACAGCACUGCAGUUUUAUGAAGCUGCUCAUGACCAUUUGUCUCUGGUUAGAGUAUACUGUUACUGUAACAACCUUCAAAAGGCUGCAGACAUCGCUAAUGAGACUGGUGAUCGGGCGGCCUGUUAUCAUCUUGCUCGACAGUAUGAGAAUGUGGCUCAAGUCAAGGAGGCCAUCCACUUCUUCACAAGGGCUCAGGCAUAUGGUAAUGCAAUCAGGAUCUGUAAAGACAAUGGAUUUGAUGAUCAACUUCUUAAUCUGGCUCUGGUGGCUGGACCACAAGAGCAAAUUGAUGCAGCGCGCUACUUCUCCUCCUCGGAGCGUCGUCAGUUGCCCAAGGCUGUCAUGCUCUAUCACAAAGCAGGGCUUCUCUCCAAAGCUGUUGACCUGGCCUUCAAGUCUGGGCAGAUCAGUGCUGUGGGUCAAAUUGCGGGAGACUUAGAUGAAAGUGCAGACCCAGCACUAAUACAGAGAUGUGCCCAAUAUUUUAUCUCAAAUGGGCAGUAUGAUCGAGCAGUUUCUUUGCUUAUCACUGGAAGACAGUACUUUGAUGCCCUCGAUUUGUGUGUGGAGCACAAUGUGUGGGUGACGGAGGAGUUGGCGGAGAGGUUUACUUUGCCCAAAGAUGAAGAAGCAAGAAAUCAGAUCCUGGAGAAGGUUGCAGAAUGUGCCUAUGCUCAAGAAAACUACAAGCUGGCAACCAAAAAAUUCACUCAAGCUGGAAACAAGGUUAAAGCAAUGAAGUGCCUACUUAAAUCAAGUGACACAGAGCGCAUCGUCUACUUUGCUAACGUUUGCCGGCAACGAGAAAUUUACAUCAUGGCAGCUAAUUACCUCCAGAGCUUGGACUGGCGCAAAGAGCCUGAAAUUAUGAGGAACAUAAUACAGUUUUACUCAAGGGCAAAGGCCUCUGGUUUGCUGGCUGGUUUCUACGACUCCUGUGCUCAGGUUGAAAUUGACGAGUUCCAGAACUAUGAUAAGGCUGCAGGAGCUUUGAAUGAAGCCUACAAAGUUAUCACCUCAAACAAUGACCCAAAAGUCCAAGAAAAACUGCCACCCCUAAAGUAUAAACUUGAAAAGGUCACUCAAUUCAACAACAUCAAAAGGAUGUUUGUGACUGACGGAGAUGCAGCCAUCCAAGAGUUACAACAACUGCUGGCUGAUCCCAACAUAGAAGUCGCAGUACGACAGGGAGACAUCUAUGCAGUUAUUGUGGAAUACUUUGCUGCUAAUAAUAACUUUAAGUCAGCACUGAAUGCACUGCAAGAUAUGAAAGCAAAGUUGCCAAAAGCAAAUCCCAGCUACUAUGUGGAUGCUGAGACUCUGCAGGCAAUCUCCAGAGCAACAGGCAUGAACUUUACUGAGGGAGAAAAUGGAGUGCCAGAGGAGGGAGGAAGUGAAGAGGAAGGCAAUGCAAGUGAGGAAGAAGUGGUUGAGGAAGACGAUGAAGAGGAGAGGCCGCAACAACAACGCUUUGCUCUUAAUGGCUCAGCAAAGUUUUUCUGAACUUCCCAAGACAAACGUAUCUUAUGUGGACUACUCACAGGACCCCCUGUAUUAAAGUUGAGAAGUUUCUAUAUAGGCUUACUUAGGAGGGAUAUUGUCUGCAGUCAGCUUCACAUGGGUGGCUCCACACCAUCCUGUUAUUAACAAAGUUCUUGACUUGAACUGGAUCUCAGGUAUGCAAGUGAGCUUGAAUUAACUAGUCUGUUCCAGGAAACUCUGGGCUCAACUGUGGUGCCACAUCUUAGGCAGAGCACUUUCUUGGUCUUCAGCUGGCAUCCUGCUGGGAUAAUUAUACGGAAAACUGUCCACUUGGUUAGUCUAGUCGUCUAGCUUUAAUGUUAAAAUGAAUAGUCACUAAUUUACAUUUUUUUUACUAAAGUGCCAAGCACAAAGUGUGAAUGACUUGUGUGACUAGGGUUAAAAAAUAACCCUUAAUGUCUGUGAUAAUAAGCAGACUAGAAUGUUUGUCUGCCUCCGUCCUUCUAUAGAUUUUAAGGAAACUCUAGUCGAGCAAAUUUGUCCAUUAUUUCAAAGUUAAGAGAUACUUAAACAGGUUGGGUCUGAGUACUACAUGUACAGUAAAAGCUCAGUUAUUUACAUCUGCAUUAAUUGCUUGGGAACUCUGGUCCUCAAAUUUAUUGCCAUAUCCUCUCAUGGUGCAAUAAGUUGGGGCAAGAAUGUGUCCGUAUUAAGAUGUGCUAAUAGUUAAAACAAACAAUUUAUGCACAACUUAGAAGGAAAGGUAUACACAAAACUAGGAAAAGCUACACGCAAAACUAUCACAAUUUGCAUAAUGUGUGGGUUUUAUUGGGAAUUUAUGCAGUUUGAGAGAGUUACAUUGACAGAUCUUGCAACAGAUGUCUAGAGUGGGAGCAUUCCAAGAGUUGGCCAGUCAUAUUCUGCCAGACAGCAAUGAGUCACUGUCUCAGUGAUUUUAUGGCAAUCACUUGGAGUUCAAACAAGUCAUCUUUCCUCAAAUAAUGAUAAUUUAACACAAAAAAAAGGCUUUACAUAGAUUUACAUAGAAAAUCAGACCACACAGACCCCAUGGUCCAGACUAGGUGGUCUGUACUUAAACCUAAGUGAUUUUACAUUAAUCAGAAGGCUCCAAAAUGUUGCAUUUCUACUCUAGUUGAUAUUAAGUUGAAGGAAGUGACGGUCGAGCUUAUUUUUGAAGGAGUCAAUAGUGUUACACUGGACCACUGAUGGUGGAAGCUUAUUCCAUUCUUGCACUACAACGUUGGUGAAGAAAAAUUUGGUGCAGUCUGAAUUUACUUGUCUACAUCUGAGUUUUAUGCCAUUGUUCCUCGUGCGCAAAGUGUCAUCGAUCAUAAACAAUGUUGAUCUGUCUACAUUCGUGAAACCAUUAAGUAUUUUAAAACAUUCGAUCAGUUUUCCUCGGAGGCAACGUUUCUCAAGAGAGAACAUGUUAAGGGUAGAAAGCCUUUCAUUGUAGGAUUUGUUGCGCAAGGAAGGGAUAAUUUUUGUUGCCCGACGCUGAACACCUUCUAAUUUAGCAAUAUCCUUUGCAUGAUGGGGAGACCAAAACUGUACCGCAUAUUCCAAGUGGGGUCUGACUAAACUAUUGUAGAGCGGGAGUAUUACAUCUUUAUUCUUGAAUAAAAAGUUUCUUUUAAUGAAGCCCAACAUUCUGUUCGCUUUAUUUGCUGCAUCGAUGCAUUGCUGUGAAAAUUUGAGGUUUGACGCGAUUUUGACCCCCAAGUCCUUGACGCAUUGAACGCUUUUGAGUUUAACGCCGUGCAUUUCGUAAUCGAACUUCUUAUUCCUCGUUGAACAACAUUUCAUUGCUAUUUCCACAUUUAAUUUGAUGUAGAGAAAUAUUCAAGGUGAAAAAUUACCCACUAAACACAGUUGCAACAUGUUAGGUCUGCAACAUUGCUACUAAUGAGACUCACUUGGUAUCUUGGAGGGUCACAAAUUCCUUUCACAUUAUUUGGAUUUUUCAUGUAACUGAAAGGCCCUUGGAUGAAUUCAUGCAGAUAACUGAGAGUUUACUGUAAUUGUAAUCAAGUACACAAUUUGAUUUUGUAUUCAUAUUAGGACUUGGUUAAGAAUUUGCUUUGUGCCUGUACUUUGCCUUGGAGUCUAUUUGCUUUAAAAACUGAGAGUACAAACAUGUUGAACACAUGGUCAGUAGUGGAGGCAGAGGUGAGGAAUGGCAGUGGUGCAACAGAGCAGUGCCUUAAUGCAUCAUGAUUAUGAUUGCAAGGUAAAGUUGGGGGCAUACACUAUAACUGCGUCUGGACGUGGUGCUCAUCUCCAUCGCAUUAGCCCUUGAGCCUGUGGUGACAAGAGUCCAUUACCCUGAGACACAGGGUCAGGGUGACAUCUGGGUUACCACAGUUUACCUUCCUCAAGUUUCCCCAGUUACCCAUUUAUUGAACAGUGUGAAGGGAGGAUGAACAGCUGGGUGGGCUGCAUGCCAACUGCCCAGACCAGGACUGCUGAUUCAUAGCUAGGCACGUUGACCACUAGACCACGAAGGCAAAGGUGGGUAUCUAAUAUUACUGAAAUGCAUACCUAGUAUUUAAAUAUCAAAUAUAGAUUAGUCUUUUGCAAAUAUAUAUAAUGCUUAAUGGUGCUCAACAGCACUUAGAUCCCCGACAUAUCAAUGUUAGUACUUGUACAUGGAGUCAAGUACAGUACAUUAGUCCUUGUGCUGAAGUCUUGAUGAUAAACAUGAAAUACAGUGCUCACUCCUUUCCUGCCUUCUUAUUUGCAGAAUUACAUUUAGUAAUAAGGUGGGAUUGUAAUUCAAGCUCAGAUUUAAGAAAGUGCUCACAUUUUACAGGCACACAGCUUAAUCCAUGGCACCUGAGACAGUGGGUGUAAUGAGACUGUCACCUUUAUGUAAAGAUGCACUAAUGUGGACCAUAUACCACAUGCAGUGUUGCCUGGUGGCUGGGCUGGUUGGCAACGAGACAGUUACUUAUAUCUUGCUCCUCUUGGAGCAGUUUAAAAGGUCUUGGAGAAUAUAAAAAUAGAUGAUAAUUCCCCCAACAUAUGACUGGCAGUAUACAAUGCAGAUAAUUUGCUGUAUAAUGGAAAAUGUCUCCCAAAUCUAUGUAUAUAUCUCAAAGCAGGAGAAACAAGCAUCAGGUGUGGUAGUAGCCAACUUGAUGCUCAUCCAUUGUCUGCCAUGUUUACUCACAGGUUCAUUUGCCCUCAAUCCCGUUAGCCUCAGCAGGUUUAUUUAUAUUUGUGGAGGAGAGAAUUAUAUUUGAGGCAGAAGAGAAAGGAAUGUAUGAGACUGGUGUCUAUUAAUGUGAAUGGUUUAGGUGGUGAGGAAAAGAGGAGAGUGAUGAUUGAAAAUUUUGUAAAUGGUAGAGUGGAUGUGUUGGGAGUGAACGAAACACAUAUUCGAGGAACUGGUGUGAAUGAUGGUAGAGAGGGUACGUGGGAGGGUGUGCCUGGGGGGGUUGUAUGGACAGGGAUAGAUGAGAAGUAUAGAGGCAGGAGUAAGGAAGGAUGUGCUAUUGUGAUGUCUGAAAGAGUGUGGAAUGGUGUGACUGAUUAUGGUUGGAAGGGAUCAAGAAUUGUGUGGGUGAAAGGAAAAGUAGGUUUAGAAAAGUAUGCAUGGGUGUGUAUUUAUGCACCAGUAAAUGUGAAAAGUAAAAAAGGACUGAGGGAAAGGAAAGCUUUUUGGGAGGAAGUGAAUGCAUGUUUGAAGAGUUUUGAGAAAGAAAGGAAACUUAUUAUGAUGGGAGAUAUGAAUGCUAAAGUGGGUGAUGAAUGUGUGAUGGAUGUGGUGGGAAAAUGGGGGAUACCUGGGAAGAAUGAAAUGGAGAGUGCGUGUUGGAUGUCUGUGCUGAGAGGGGAAUGUUCCUAGCGAACACCUUCUUU